AUGUCGGUCGCCGCGACGCCCCCGCCGAUGACCCCCGCGCCGCUCACGCCGCCGUCGGUCGUCUUCGGCGGCGAGGGGUCCAUCGGCCCGAGUCGGGGCUUCGACGCGCGAGAUGUCGAACCCGGCUGGUUCCCUCUGUCCAAGAUGUCGGUGGGGAUGUGGACGGCUGGUCCUCGGUGGCACUCGGAGCUGAGGUUCCUCCCGUGCAAAGAUCGCUUCGUGUUCGCGGUGAUACGAUCGAGGCGACGGGUGGUGAGCACGUUAGGGCGAGCCUUGGAGCUGGUCUCGAAGUUCACGGGCCUGCCGGUGCCCACCUCGCCGUUCAACCUGGAAGGGGGAGUCGGGGGGUCCGCGGGAGGGGACGACGUCGCGAUGCCGGGGGAAGCCAACGCGCGCGGCGACGCGGCGACGACGUCGUCCUCAACGCCGCUCCGAUUCACGCCGGGCGGGGGAUGGGGUUCGGGACGAGACGCGGCGAUACGAGGCGAUACGCCGGGCGCGAAUCGGGGCACCCCGACGAACGUCAACGGGGCGAACGUCGCGAUGGACGGUGGCGCAACUCCCGCGGGCGCCCGCGCGUCGCUCACGUACGAGGUGCUCACGUACGAGGUGGCCUACGCCGACGUCGCCGGGCUGGACUACAGGAAUCCGCUGUGCGACGACGGGCGGCUCGCCAUCGAGGCGAGGGCGAUGACCGUUCGCGCGUUCGCAUCCUUCGACGACGCGACGCGAUUCUUCGACGAUGCUUCGAACAAAUCCGAGAGGCCCGUCAAGCCCGCGCGGCAUCCCCGGAAGGGAGGGGAACGAAGGCGGAGCGUCUUCCGGGACGGCGGCGGCGGGGGUUCAAAGCACAAGGCGGCGACGGAUCACUCAUCAUCCCCCGCGGCUGCGGAGGAUGAGCGCCGAGGCGGCGACGGGGUGGGCACCGCGCGGAAGCGAUCGAGGAUGGCGACGACGACGACGACGACGUCGACGGCUUCGUCGAUGGAAUCGUCGCGGCUCGCGUCCCGGUUCGAGGCGGUGGCGGCGUCGAGGGGCUCGCCCGGAGGCUUCGCGCCGUUUCGCGUCUGGGGCGUGGACGGAGGGGUCGUUCGUGGCGCGGGGUCGAAGACGCCGAACGAGUCAAAAAUCUCGGGAGUCUCGGGAGUCUCGGGAGUCUCGGCAAACGCGGCGAACGCGGGGAACGCGGCGGUCUCCUCGCCCGCGCCGCCUCUUUCCGUGCGCACGCCGGGAGGCGACAGCGGCGCCGACGGGGGAACGCCCGCGUUCGGCGUCCACAAACAUGGCUCGGCGUACCUUCCCGCGUCCUCGGAGGGCGCCCGAGGAGGGUCUUUCACUUACGCGGUUCCCGCGGUGUACACGCACGAGACUUUGGUGGUCCACUUCUCCCAUCCGUCGCUCCCCGACGCGCUGCGACGGCGCGUGCAAUCGCCGGGCACCGGUUUGCUUCGGCUGUACGAGACGGGUUUGCCGCCGUGGGCGCUGCUCCUGCCGCGAUGCGGGUUUUACUACAGGCCGUGGCUUCGGACGCUGGCCAGGGGGCUGUUCGUGCUGGUGUCGGUGCUGUCCAUGAUGGCGGGGUUUUACGACCUGUACAAGCACGUUCCGGGUCUCGACGCGGUGUUCACACGGUUCUGGAAGCCUCUGGGCGACUUUCUGGAGCGCCACGCCGCGGCGCGCCUCUCCAUUCUGGCUUCGUACCUCUUCACUCAGUCGCGGAUGUUCGGCCCGGUUUUGGCGCAGCUCUCGUCGGCGGCGAGGCUGGCGAGGAGCUGGACCGCCGCGGUGUGGGCGCCGAUCGCGGUCGCCAUUGGUCCGUACUCGACGCGUCUGUGGGCGUCCGCGUUCGGUCCAGUCGCGGCACAACUGGCGUCAAUCAAGUUUGCGGCGCGGACGGCGUCGAACGCCAAGGGAGCGGCGAGUAGCGUCGGACUCGGCGUCGGACUCGGGUCUAUUGACGCGUGGCGCGCCGCGAUUGGUCCGUGGUUCGGGCGGAGCAGCGCGAUUGGUUCGUCGGGCGCCGCCUCAUCCGUCGCGUUGGGCGGCUUUGGAGUCGGUUGGAUCGCGUCCGCGAUGGGUAACGGCGCGUCGUUGCGACGAAAUUGGUUGGACUGGUGGCGGACCAUCGGCGUCACCGUGCUCCGCGCGACGCAGCGCAUUCUCGCAUUCUUCGUGUACCUCAUCGGGCGCGUCACCUCGCACAGGAUGUCGCUGGGGAUGGCGGCGAGGCGGAGGUUCGGGGGCGUGGCGGCGUCGGCGGCGCGGGCGCACGGGUUCGAGUCGGGCGCGGCGUCCCCUUCGGCUUCGAGGGAUACAUUAAAUGACGAUCUCGUCACCGACGUCACCGAGGUCACCGAGUCGCGCGUCGACGGCGACGGCGACGGCGCGGAGGACGAGGUGACGAGCGGGCGCACGAACGCGGCGACGACGGUGGAGGGACACGAGAAGACGGAGUGA